AUGGCCACCGAUACACCCUCCAAGGACGGCGAUGUCGUCAACGCUCGCGACAAGGCCGUCGAUGGCCACAAGGCAGGCACCCCCAGAGGAACUCCCAGAGCAACUCCCAAGAUCGCUACCCCCGCAAACGACGAAAAGCCCGAUCGCUCCACUCCCGCCGCCGCUGAACCGACCGAGCCGAAGAGCAUUGAUAAGCGCAACGGAGACAAGGACGCUCAGGUGAAUGGUGAUGCCCCCGCCGCAUCCGCCGAUAAGCCGGCCGAGUUUAGAGAUGACGUCGAGAUUGACGAGUUUAUCGACCAUCGCGUUGAUGAGGCGACAUCGACCGUGGAUAUCCAAGUAAAGUGGGAGGGUGGUGAGACCACCUGGGAGACGGAAUGGAGUCUACAGGAGCAAGUUCCCACGCUCGUCUUCAAGUACUGGGACAAGCUCGAAGGACGUGAUGCUGUGACCAACCUGGAUAUCUACCACGUCUUCAAGAUCCUCAAGCGCACCAGCCUUCCCGGAAAGUCCAAGAAGCCUCAGUACAUGUACCAGGUCCAGUGGGUUGGAUACCGCCGCACCGACUCGACGUGGGAGCACGAGGACAAGCUGAGAGAGAUUGCCCCGGCUGAGCUGGAAAAGUUUGAGGCCAAGGAGUUGGCGAACGGAACGGGUCCUCAGAAGCGCAAGAAUGCUCGUGGUCCUGGACGACCACGCAAGAGGGCGAGGGCUGACUCGGACUGA